AUGAAAACCGCGAUUCGCCUCGACUCAGCUCCAUCGGAAAGCCAAACCAUGAGCUCGGCGUGUCGUGCGAGUCAGAUUUUUAUCUAUGAGGAUAUGUUAACGCGCACCAUCAUUAAUGCCAAAGAGGACUUAGAAGUUUCCCACUUUAACAGCUUACAAAUGCAAGAAAGCAUGACGGUCGGGUUCAGCGAGUGCCGACCGAUCCGGCAAACGUCGAUGACGCUGACCGAAAUCAAAAUCGGAAUUGGAAUUUCCUCGAUAAAUAUAAACUUCGCACAGGCAGCUCGACCCAUAUCUCUUUCCUUUUCUGAGUCAAGCGAGAUCGUUGUUCGCCCCAAGUUCUUCUCCUCUCCUCUCCUCUUCGUCAAAAUGGCUCCGCCUCGAUACAUCGAGUUGCCAGCCGGUCUCAAGCCUGCGGGCGUUCCCGGUCGCGAGUUGCUUGCCUACGAGCGUUCCAAGGCCUCGUUCGACUCCAAGGCUCUCGCAGAGUACAUCCACGGCAAGCAGUUCCUCGAGCUCCAGGAACACCUCGUAGGCAUCCUCACCUCGGAUCCCGUCUUUGACAAGACCUCCGACUACUACUAUGGCCGCGCCGACAAGUUCCGACGUGCCAUGCUCAAGGACAAGCGUCUGGCUCAGCUCGCCGCCGAGCACGGCUGGGGUCAGACCGAGAUCUCGAUGGCCGAAAAGCUCGCCGACCUGCCUGGUCCCAUGGGUCUUCACAAGAGCAUGUUCCUGACCACGCUCUACAACCAGGGUAACGACGAGCAGCGCAAGGCCUUCUACGAGCCUGCUGCCAAGUACGAGAUCAUCGGAUGCUACGCCCAGACCGAGUUGGGUCACGGUUCCAACGUGCAGGGCAUUGAGACCACCGCUACGUGGAUCGCCGACACGCAAGAGUGGGAGAUCCACAGCCCCACCUUGACCGCCAGCAAGUGGUGGAUCGGUGGUCUCGGCAGGACAGCCGACCACGCCGUCGUCAUGGCCCAGCUGAUCAUCAACAACAAGAGCUACGGCCCACACCCCUUUGUCGUCCCCAUCCGCGACGUCAAGACCCGUGAGAUGCUCCCCGGACGCACCAUCGGCGACAUUGGUCCCAAGGCAGGAUACAACACCACCGACAACGGUUUCAUGCUGUUCGAGCACGUCCGCGUACCGCACUUUAACCUCCUCGCCCGUUUCUCCAAGGUCGAGCCCGAGACGGGCAAGUACCUGCCACCGCCCAACGCCAAGCUCGCCUACGGUACGCUCACCUGGGUGCGCGCUAACAUUGUGCGCGACGCCUCGACCGUGCUCAUGCGCGCCGUCACCGUCGCCAUCCGCUACUGCGCCGUGCGAAGGCAGUUUGCCGACCGCGAUGCACCCAAGUUCGGCCAGGAUGGCAAGCCGCUCGAGACGCAGGUGUUGGACUACACCAUGGUUCAGAUCCGACUGUUCCCCAUCUUGGCGCAGGCGUUUGCCUUCCACUACACGUCGCGCUUCAUGUUCGAGCUGUACGAGCAGAACCAGGCCAACAUCGAGUCCGGUGACCUUUCCCUGCUCGCCGACACGCACGCCUCGAGUUCGGGUCUCAAAUCGUUGACCACGCUCUACGCCAGCGACGCCAUCGAGGUCUGCCGAAAGGCGUGCGGUGGUCACGGCUACAGCAUGGCCUCGGGACUGCCCGACUUUUACGCCAACUACCUGCCCAACGCAACGUGGGAGGGUGACUCGUACAUGCUUUCGCAACAGUGCACGCGCUACCUGUUCAAGACGAUGCGCGCCAUCAAGAGCGGCAAGGGCAAGGUGGACAAGAACAUCACCACCGAUUACAUGAUCCGCUACCUCGACAACAAGCACGAGAAGGCCGAGAUCCAGUUCAGCGGCGAUCUGUACGACCCGCUCUUCUUCAUGCGCGCGUUCGGUCACCGUGCCGCCUACCUGACCGAGCAGACGCUGGCGCUGCGAGACGAUGCCAAGCGAUCGUGGAACUCGUUGCUCGUCGAGCUCUACCGAUGCUCCAAGGCACACUCGCAGUACCUGUUGGUGCGCAACUUUGGUAUGGCCAUCCUCAAGGACGACAAGCUCAACUCGCAGCCAGCGUUGCGACAGAUCGUGCAGAAGAUCUUCCUGUUGUGGGCGUGCAACACGAUGCAGGAGGAGUCGGCCGACUUCCUCGCUUCCGGUUACAUCAACGGACAGCAGUUCCACCUGCUGGGCAGCAAGGUGCAGGAGAUCAUGGUGGAGGUGCGACCCAACGCGGUUGCGCUUGUCGAUGCGUUUGCCGUGCCCGAUUACCUGCUCAACUCGGCCCUGGGUCGAUCGGAUGGUAACGUGUACGAGGCCCUCUUCGACUUUGCUCUGCGCGAGCCAUUGAACUCGGCCAAGUGGAACGUCGACAUCCACGAUAUGAACACCACCGACUUUGAUUCGGAUCUGCCGCGUGCCAAGUUGUAG